UUAUUUGAUAUCGUAUUAUCUCCAUCGCGAUACUCAUUAAUUUAGUCGGUCACCGAACGUUGCAGGUUUGAGCUGAAAGUUUAAUAUUGCACAAAAUGAAGGGCCUGCAAUUGGUCAUCGCAUGUUUGUGCGUUUAUUCAGUUCAAAGUCUUGCGCCACGAUUGGACGGACGUGUGAUCGGUGGUGAAGUGGUUGAAAUCGAACAAUAUCCUUAUCAAGUAUCUCUUCAACACAACGGCGCGCAUAUUUGCGGCGCGACCUUGAUCAGUGACCGAUUUGUGCUCACAGCUGCGCAUUGCACCGAUGGUACAUACGAAUCAGAACUGUCCGUUCGUCUAGGUUCAUCCUACCAUGCGCAAGGAGGUGUGGUCGUACGAGUUUCAAAAACCAACCAACAUGAAGACUACGAUUCCGAUAAUAUGUACAAUGACAUAACUGUAUUGGAAUUGACUGAAUCUGUACAAUAUUCAGCUGGAAUCCAACCCGUGAGGUUGACUUCAUACGACCCAAGCGAAAACUCCGAAGUUGUCAUUUCCGGUUGGGGCCGGACUUCAGGCGGGAACCCAUCUCAACUCAACGCGGCUAUUAUCAACGUCGUGAACAAGGAGACUUGUGUCGAUAAUUAUAAAGACAUUAACGAUGUAAAUGACGAUAUGUUCUGUGCGGCCGCGCCAUUGAAAGAUGCUUGUCAAGGUGACUCCGGUGGACCAUUAGUAGGUAACGGGCAAUUAGUAGGUGUAGUCUCAUGGGGAUACGGUUGUGCGCAGCCGCAAUAUCCUGGGGUUUACACGAGCGUUGCUAAUAUGAGGGAUUUUAUCUAUAAGUAUGCACAAGUAUAAAACAAUAAUGUAUAAUGGUUAUUAUCUUAGAUCUUGACUAAUUAUCGUAGCUGACAUCAUGUAAUAAUAAUAAUAAUAAAUUGUUUUAACAUAAA